AUGGUGAAUGACACUACGGGAGAAUUUUUCGUGAAAUCAUGGUCUGAAGUAAAAGUUAAGGAUGUUGAACCUUUGAAAAGGUGCGUAUUGCUGGGGAAACCUACCCAAUCAGCUCCUCCAAUGGUUGUGAUCCCUUGUGCCUCUUCUGAAAAUUGGUCCAUUGAAAGGAUAUCCCAAACAUUUUCUUCACUAAAAUAUUCCACGUCCAAUUCUUCUUCUUCCGAAGAUAAUGAUAGUAUCUUGUUGAGGAAUAUUAAAAGGUUUGAUCUAUGCUAG